AGAACCGUAAGAGAACAUUUCUACUUCCUGGGUUAGCUGGGUUAACUAAAGAUAAACACUUGAUAAUGACAUUGAAAUCUAUUAUUACUGUUUCAGCUGGUUCACACCAGUUUCUGUACAGCAGGAGUUAGUUCUUCAUCCCGUGAAACACGUUAUAAAACCCCGGUCCGACAGGAAGCAGAGGAUGGCUUUUCCUUGUGUGCGUCUGUGCAGUCGACACAUGAGCAUCGGGCUUCAAGUCUGUGGUUAUGCGACACUCAGUAAAGCACCCAGACCCAGUCCCAGACCCCAGGAGAAAAGCGACACUGGACCAGUUUUUCAGUACGUCGGCCAGCACAGAAAGCCCAACCACAAAGUGUUCGUAUGGGGCUUUAGCUUCACCGGUGCUCUGGGUAUCCCCAGCUUUGUGGUGCCGGACAGCGGCAGGAAGAAACCCCGCAAAUACCAGCUGACUCCUUACCGGCUGGAUACCGCAGAGCAGAUCUCUUCUGCUGCUUGCGGUUACGGCUUCACUCUCAUCGCCUCCUCCACCAAAGAUACGAGCAAGCUGUGGGGCAUGGGCCUGAACAAGGACUCUCAACUGGGCUUCCAACGCUCGCAACACAGCCGCCUUAAGGGCUAUGAGUACGUGUUGGAGCCGUCCCCGGUCGCUCUGCCUCUCGCCGAGCCUCUGCAGACCAAAGUGGUUCAGGUUGCAUGUGGCCGCGCUCACUCUCUGGUCCUCACCGACCAAGAGGGAGUUUUCAGUAUGGGCAACAAUGCGUAUGGGCAGUGCGGAAGGCGGAUAGUUGAAGAUGAAGUCUACAGCGGCAGUCACAUCAUUCACAAGAUAGAAGGCUUCAGCUGCAGGGUCGUCCAGGUGGCAUGUGGACAGGACCACAGCCUUUUCCUCACAGAGAAAGGAAAAGUGUUUGCGUGUGGAUGGGGAGCAGAUGGACAGACGGGUCUGGGACACCACAACGUCAGCCCCAGUCCGGUGGAGGUGGGAGGGGAUCUUGCAGGGGUGGAGGUGCAGCAGAUCAGCACGUACGGAGACUGCAGCCUGGCCGUGUCCAGAGACGGACACCUGUACGGAUGGGGAAACUCUGAGUACCUGCAACUGUCUUCAGUCACUGAGGCCACGCAGAUCAACUCUCCUCGACGUCUUCCUCUGAAAGGCUGUGGAAAGAUUGUUCAGGCAGCGUGUGGAGGGACACAGGUGGCCGUUCUCAACGAAAAAGGAGAGGUGUUUGUUUGGGGAUAUGGCAUUCUUGGAAAAGGCCCUAAACUAUCCGAAUCGGCGACCCCUGAGAUGAUUCCCUCCACACUGUUCGGACGCUCAGAGUUCAACCCCUCGGUCGCCGUCACCAGGAUCAGGUGUGGCCUCAACCACUUUGCUGCAGUGACAGAUCAAGGCGAGCUCUUCGUUUGGGGGAAGAAUGUGAGAGGUUGUUUGGGCAUCGGGAAGAGAGACGACCAGUACUUCCCAUGGCGAGUGACUGUUCCAGGUCAAGUGGUGGACGUAGCGUGCGGUGUUGACCACAUGGUGGCGCUGGCGAAGUCCCUCCUGUGAGCUCCUGUGUUCCUCCGCAAGUGGAUGAAAGGCUGGAUGUUUGGCUGAGCCCGCCCCCCCCGUCCACCUCUCCCCGCUGACCCCGGGGCGCCUCAGGGAGCCGAUUGGGGCCACGCUGGAGUCUUGAAGCCAGCUGCUCUCCACAGGCGACGGACCCUCGUGUCCCUCCGUCCUGCGGUGACGUCAAACAGAGUGCAGAGCAGUCGAUUCUGACAUAGCUCUCUUUAUCCAGCAUGAAGGUCGACUGAGAAAGAUAUUAAAGCGUAGUUUUGGUUUAUUACGACUAGAGCUGAAUCGAUUCAUGGAUUUAGCCUAGUUCCAGCUAGUUUCUACAGUAAUUACUUCAGUGAGUGCAAUGAAAUGUAAUUAUAAUGAUGGCCAAAACUAUGAAAACAAGACCCAAGUUGUAAUAAACCAAACAAGCUUCCCACCAUAAAAGCACAGUCAGCUUUCAGGUGGUUAAAACUGUAAAAAUUCUAUGUUUUGUUUACUCUCACGUUGUUCUUUUGCCACAACACAAGGAAACUGAGAGGGACAUGUGGUGAGCGAAUGGAGUGAUUCACUGUGGAAUGAAUGGACUCUCGGAUGUUGUUGCACUAGGCAGGACUGUGAAAUGUUUGUAAAAACAUUUGAAAAGCCAGUGACAACAUACACAAUCCACAAAAAAAAUGAUUAUCUCCCUGCCAACUGCAGAUGCAGAGGUGAAAGCACUCUGCCAGGGAGAAAACAACAUUUUAAGGAAUCAAUUUUACACCGUGAACUCGUGUCAUCAGCAGUGCGUGCAUGUUGUGCAUAUAGAGGCUGCAGAAUGCUACCAUCAUGGAUCAUCCUGCUGACAGCUUGAGACUGUUGUUAAAUCAAACGUGAUGGAAAGAUGUUUGCGUCGUAUUCCCUUUCUGGAUGUAUAAAUAACCCGCUUUUCCCACCUUAAAUGUACAAAAUUGCAAUGGAGAAUUUACUUUAAUAUACUAUAUGUAAAUAAAUCUAUUUUUAUUUACCACA